GAAAUGAUCAAAGUGAAUCACACCAAAGGAAACCAGGUGACUGAAUUUAUUCUCACGGGCAUCUCAAAUCAUCUCAAGCUUCAGGGCAUUCUCUUUGCCUUGUUUUUCCUUGACUACAUGACCAUAGUUCUGUGGAAUCUGGGCCUGAUCAUCCUAACCAGUGUUGAUUCUCAUCUGCAAACACCCAUGUAUUUUUUUCUUAGGCAUCUGGCAUAUGUCGAUCUUGGCUAUUCUACAGUCAUUGGUCCAAAGAUGCUGGUCAGUUUUGUAGUGAAGAAAAACAGCAUUUCCUACAACGAAUGUGCAUUACAGCUCGUUUUUUUUGGGAUAUUUAUCAACAGUGAAGUCUUCAUCCUGUCGGCCAUGGCCUAUGACCGCUAUGUGGCUAUCUGUAAGCCCCUCCUCUAUACAGUCAUCAUGUCAGAUAAGGUGUGCUACAUCUUAGUAAUUGUCACCUAUAUCUAUAGCAUUAUUGGAUCCUCACUUGUUACCAUUAAGAUUUUUCAGUUGUCUUUUUGUUUUUCUAAUGUAAUACAGCAUUUCUAUUGUGAAAGUCUCCCCUUAAUGGCUAUUGCAUGCUCAGACACAAGUGAGAUUGAACUAAUCAUUAUGACAAUUGCUGCAUUUAAUUUGGUCUCUUCUCUUGUCAUUAUUCUUGUCUCCUACAUGCUUAUUCUUUUCGCCAUUCUCCGGAUGAAUUCUUCUCAGGGCAGGCACAAAGCCUUCUCUACCUGUGGCUCUCAUCUCACAGUAGUGAUUGUGUUCUUUGGAACACUCGUCUUCAUGUAUCUACAGCCCCAAUCGAGCCACUCCUUUAGCACAGACAAGAUGGCCUCUGUGUUUUACACCCUGGUCAUCCCUAUGCUCAAUCCACUAAUCUACAGCUUGAGGAAUAAUGAAGUGAAAGGUGCAUUGAAAAGAGUCUUUAGAAAUUUGAUGUAA